AAUGUUGCAAACACGACGUGUUGACCACAAGCAGCUAAAAUCACAUUUUAACAAUGACCCAUUUAAAAGCGGAAGCAUAGGAGGAUCACAGUGAUCUUUAACUCUGUUAAGGGAUUCGUUCGACCUAACGUGGGUUUGUGUUUGCGGUAGCUGCAUCAGAUGACAUCUGUCCUGUCUGGCUGCACUGAUACAGCCUCUCUGUUGUGCUUGAAAGUCAAUUAAGUUCAUGAACACUACACUUUUCAUACUGCACCUGGCACACAAAGUUUUCCUGAAUACUUUUAAAAAAAAGACAACAAUUGUAAAGUUCAAAAUUGCUCACUGAAGCUACAGGAUGGAUCCUUUGGGAGCUCGUUCCCAGUUUGUGGAGGUCCAGACCCUCCCCACGUGGGACCAGCCUCAGGGAGUCCAGGACGAGGUGGAUAGAGGAAACCAAUUACCAGAGGAAGAUGAGCAGCUGACCAAUCAGCUCAAUUCUUUAGAGUCCCCUUUCCCCUUCAGAGAAGACAUCAACAGAAAGAUUGUACUAUUUAAUGGAGAUGUGGCACUUUUAAACUGCACUGCAAUCGUCAACACAAGUAAUGAGACACUAACGGACAAGAACCCUGUAUCAGACAGUAUCCAUAGAUAUGCCGGACCUGAACUAAGGGAUGAAGUACUCAAACUGAAAGGAUGUCGGACCGGGGAAGCAAAAAUGACAGAGGGUUUCAACUUGGCUGCACGCUUUAUCAUUCACACAGUUGGACCCAAAUAUAAAGCCAAGUACCGGACAGCUGCAGAGAGCUCUCUUUACAGCUGUUACAGAAACGUCAUGCAGCUUUCCAAGGAACAUGCCAUGGCAUCUGUGGGCUUGUGUGUGGUCAGCACAGUCAAAAGGGCAUAUCCGCUGGAGGAUGCCACACAUAUAGCAUUAAGGACUGUUCGUAGAUUUCUGGAGAACCAUGGUGAAAAUAUUGAGACGGUAGUGUUUGCUGUUUCGGAUGUUGAGGAGCCAUUGUACAGGAAGUUAAUGCCAUUGUAUUAUCCAUGCUCAAAAAGAGAAGAGAAGAUCAGUCUGCCUCUCCUCCCUGCUGACAUUGGUAAUGCUGAGGGGGAGCCCGUGGUCCCGGAGAGACAGAUCCGCAUUGCUGAAAAGCCAGGAAAUCUAGAUGAUGACUCUGGGGAUGACUUACUAGAGUCCGACCUGGGGCUGGUAGGAAGUCAUGCGUUUGCUCGUAUGGAAGGGGAUGUGGAUAAGCAGCGUAAACUCAUCCUUCAGGGCCAAGCAUCUGAAGCAGCUCAGCAGAAACAGCACCAAAGGAAUUAUAACCGCUGGCUUUGCAGAGCUCGAGCAGAGGACCUUUCAGACAUAGCCGCAUUAAAGGCACUAUAUCAGACAGGCGUUGAUUUGUGUGGUAGGACGGUCAUGGUUGUUGUUGGCAGGAAUAUUCCAGUUACAAUUAUUGAUAUGGAGAAGGCUUUGCUGUAUUUCAUCCACGUGAUGGACCAUAUUACAGUCAAGGAGUAUGUGAUGGUGUAUUUCCACACACUCACUGGUGAACACAACUACCUGGACACCGACUUUCUCAAGAAGCUUUAUGACAUUGUGGAUGCCAAGUUUAAGAAAAACCUGAGGGCUUUCUAUUUCGUUCAUCCAACGUUCCGCACCAAGGUCUCUACAUGGUUCUUCACAACAUUCAGUGUAUCAGGCCUUAAAGAGAAAGUCCAUCACAUAGAGAAGCUCCAGCAGCUCUUCACCUGUAUCCUGCCUGAGCAGAUCGACAUCCCUCCUUUCGUCCUGGAGUAUGACACACGGGUUAACAGCCCUUAUUACACGGCUCAGUCCUCAGGCCUGUGAUGGUGCCACUUUUCACCGGGCGAACACUCAACCCAAUGACCCUGACUUUGAUGUGAACAAGAUGAACACAGACAAAAGUGCAUCUUUGUCGUUCCUGUUAGGCAGGUUUUCUCUGUGAUGGUGAAAGACUCUUGAUCAAUAAUGCUGUAUAAACACAUCCAGCUGAAACCUGCUGAACUGUACCAAACCCAGAUCUCACUGAAGGAACCGCCUGCCUGACCGAAGCUGUUUUUGGACAAGGUAUGUUUGUGUGGUGUGUGGACGAAGAGACUGAAUUUGACAAACAUACUAAACCAAUGUUUUGUACCAAUGUGAAACACAUGUACCAGUGUCUGCGAGAAUAAUGGCUGGCAAUAGCCGAAACCAUCCUGGUUUUAAUUUCUUAUGUCCUUGUCCAUCCAAUCAUCUAAAAGCCUCAUAUUUUGCUGUUUUGUAGUUUCAUCUCAUGUUGUCUGCAGAGUCACUAGAAGGAGCAGCUUUCUGCUUUUAUCCUGAUUCUCUUUUUUUUCUGUCACCAAGCACUUUUACAGCUUUAUCUGAAGUGUUAAACAACCAUCUCUACAGCUCCCUGAGGUUUGACAGGAAGCAACUUUUCCUCAUGUGUUGAGCAAUGUGAUGUUGGAAAGAUUGCAAAAAUCAGGUUGGCCUGAAGAGAUUUCCAUCAGCCAAAUUAUAAUAAUCCUUUCUUCUGUUCCUUCAAGUAUGGUACAUCAUCGUUGUGGUGGCUUCACCUGAGGUACACUGAAAUCUUGCAGUGCACCUGUUGGUGUUUGGUUUUAAGCAGAUUUACAAGCUUGGCCAAAGGAAUAUCACAGACAGAGGUGUGAUCUCUAAGUGAAGCACUGUAAAUAGAUAACUGUAGAUUCUACAGAUGCUGUCUGGUAUUAUUAAUUCAGCUUUUUUUUUUUUUUUAGUUAGCCUUACUGUAGCUCUGCAGUGAUUCAUGUGCUAAAUUUCAUACCAUUUUAAAUAAAAUAUGAUGUAUGAAUUACGAUGAUGAAGAAAGUAAUAUUUGAAUAAACAAAAAUAUAAACAUUUGAUGUUAUCAUU